AUGCCUUUCUCACGACCCCAGCCCGUGGUGCCCAUCGAAGUCCCGGAUAUCUGUCGAAUCUUCGUGGACGACUCCAACACCUGGAUCGAGGGCCAAAAGCUCGCUGCCUCGGGCAGCCUCCACCUACCCAAGCUGAUCGACGCGGAGCAGGAUCCACGGUUCCGGCUCCACAUGGACCAUCUAGUGGAAAAGCUACUCAACAAUCGUCAGAAAGGCCCCUCCUUUCGCUACGGCUCACAACCAGCCCCGGGGGACACGUCAAAGAAGUCCCGCAACAAAUACCACCUCGAGACCAAGGUCUUUGAACGCUCUCACGGCAAGGAGAAGCAGGUAGACAUCGCCAUGGCGGCGGACAUCGCCUUCUUGGCCGCCGAGCUGGAUACAGGUGCCCGCUACGACCCCAGGAUCAAGACACAGAAGAGACGAACCGUAUUCGUCGUUGUCACGGGAGACUGCGACCUUCUCCCAUCCAUCGAGGGGGCCUUGGACCGUGGGAUCCGCGUCGAGCUCUGGGCGUGGUCUAGCAACCUCUCGAGGAAAUACAUUGCCUUGGAAAACCAACACUCCACGUUGUCGGUUAGACACCUGGACCCCUUCGCGAAGGAGAUUUCCUUCCUGAAAUAUAAGUCCACCUGGAAAACGAUCGACCCAGCCCACGCAGUCGUACUCGAGCAGAAGAAUGCUUCUCUUCUGCCCUCCGAUAUCGAAGGAUCCAUUACCGAGACACUUAAAGACAGGCACCGGCUGUUCUACAUCACCAAACUCCGCUCGGCGCCACAGAACUUCGCUGUGGAGUUCCCCGGGUCAAAAACCUCGACGUUAUGA